UACAACACACAACAAACAUGGCGUCGCCGGAGUGGCACCAGGAGCGUCAAUCACUGAAGAUUAAUAUUGGCCAAGAUGAUGGGGGCAAAAAAUCUGCCCCAAUAUCAUUCGGUUUUAGUAAAACAUUGAGCAGGGCCAAACCCGGGAAAGCGGAAGAGCGAGAUUUUUUAGUUGAAGUAGAAGGGAAAGAACUAAAAGGAACCAAACCGGUGGAGAAACCGAAGGAGCUUAUUAUCCCGUUGAUCCACAAGAACCGGUGGUACCGACAGGAUGCUGAGCGAGGGGAAAAGAGCAGCGAGGACAAGACCAAAGACCCGUCCCGGGAGGAGCAGGACACGGUGGAGUCUCAAGCCGUCAAAGAACUCAUCGAAGAGUCUCAAAAACACCAGGAGAGAUGGAAGAACGGACCACAGUCGGAUCCGAACCUUGCCAUUCCUAUUCUCAUGCAGAACCAGGCUCCCGAGGGCUUUGAGGAUGGUGAUAAAGUCAACGUGGAUAUGAGACCAGAGUCGUCCACAGAGGCCGACUAUGAACUUGUUCCUGUGGAGGCUUAUGGGUUGGCCAUGCUGAAGGGAAUGGGCUGGAAGCAAGGAGAGGGAAUUGGACGCACAUUUAAACAAGAUGUGAAGCCUAUAGAGCAUCAGUUGAGGCCUAAAGGACUGGGUCUGGGUGCUGAUCGCUCAUCCAUUAGAGACCUGGAGCCCGGUGUCCCCAAGAGACCCCCUAAACCCGGUGAUGAGAGGGGGAAAGAAGAGGAGGCGCUGGUUCUGGGGCCUGGAGGAUGUGUGCAGGUUGUAGCAGGAGCGCAUAAAGAUCUGUACGGGAAGAUCGAGGGAGUGGAUCCAGAUAACGCCAGAGUUGUAGUCAAACUUGCCAUCGGCGGCAAGACAGUAACCAUCAGUCAGCACUCUUUAAAACUAGUCACUCGCAAGGAAUACGACAAAUACAGCAAAGACCUCAGUCGUCUUAGUAAAGCACACAAGGACAAAGAGAGAGAAAAAGAGCGGGAACAGCAGAGGGUACGAGAGCAGAAGUUAAACGGCAAAGAUGAGAGGGGAAAGACAGAUAGAGAUCGAGACCGGGAGACAGACAGAGAGAAAGAUCAGAAGAAAAGGAAACACAGAGAGUCAAGUGCAGACAGAGAGAAGCCUCCCCCGGCUAAAGAGUCGCGUCCCUCUCCACCGGCCCCCUCAUGGCUCCAACGCGACCUCCGUGUGCGAUUCAUAGAUAAAGCAUUCAAAGGAGGCAAAUACUACAACUCUAAGAUGAGAAUCGAGGAUGUCCUGACGCCCCACACCUGUGUGUGUCGUACAGAGGACAACAGGCUGCUGGACGAUAUUAGACAGAAAAUGCUGGAGACCAUUGUACCCAAGAACGACUCGGACUUCGUUAUGGUGGUUAUGGGAGAACACCGAGGACAGGUGGGCCGCAUCCUGAAGCGAGACCGGGAGAAGUGUCGAGCCAUGGUUCAGCUGGACCGUUACGAGGAGCAGCUGUUCACUCUCGACUACGAUGCCAUCUGUCAUUAUGUGGGCGGAACAGAACACUGAGAAACCAAUCGGAUGAUACGACACGCCUUUCAUCAUCCCGACCCUGUUUUGAUUGGCUUCCGUUAAUUCAUAGUGACCAACAUGUCAGAUACAUUACAUUUUUAAUACAACCAAGACUUAAUUUAUUUUACUAGUUGUGUUGUAUUUUUAAACGCAUCUGAAUGAUAAGACACGUGAUCUUAAAGCAACAUAAUAUCUUGUUAGUAAGAGUCUGUUGUUACGAAAAAAUAUUUUGCAUAUUUUGUGUUGUGCUUAGAAAUGUGAGCGGGAUCAAUGACAAAAAGUGACAUUUUCCUCUCUGUAUAGUGAUAAUGAACAUUUACGCAGGUCAGCCAUUGUAGCAUCAGUGUUUGAGUGUCUGCUGCUGAUCUGGGAAGAACAUGACAUUUCAUUUUGGCCCAAUGUAAUUAAAUAUCUCACUGCCAAUUAGAAUCCAAAAACUUUUGAAACUCUGCAUGGUUUCUUAGUCCAAUAAAGAUCUGAAUUUAUGAAAAGGUUAACAGUUUGUACAGAGUUAUACACAAGCCACUUAGAAUUUUCACUCAUGUUAUCUUUUUAUAAUAAAAUAUUAAAAUUCCUUCAAAA